AUGUCUCAAGAUCCUCUAAACAUGGAUGAGUCCUCGAACGUGGAUGACAAGGCACCUUUGUGGAUCUAUGUGAACAAAAUUGAGAAGUUAGCUGGAGGAGGAUCAUGGAGAGUUAACCUGAAAAAGCUAGUUGAUAAUUGCAAAGAGAGGUUAAAGCGUGCAGCUUCCAAAGCAGUUCCACUUCCUUCGUCAUCAAGGAACAUGUCUAGUUCUUCUCUUGAUUAUGAUAUGAGCUACAAAGUUCCAAACGCAACUGAGUCUGAUCCAAAGAAGAGAAAGGGUCCUUUGGAAAAAGCAUUUCAGAAUGAAGCUAGGGAGCAAUGUGAUGGGGAGCUGAUCAUAGACGGCAUAAAGGAGGCUGGGCAUGAAAAUGUGGUUCAGGUUGUCACUGACAAUGCUUCAAACUGUGUAAAAGCUGGUGCGCUUAUUUCAGCCAAGUUUCCUACUAUUUUCUGGACACCAUGUGUGUCUAUCAGUGAAGAUGUGAAUUGGAUCAAGAAUUAUAUUAUGAAUCACGGGAUGAGGCUUGUAAUGUUCACUGAGCAUUGUGAUCUUAAGCUCCUCACAAUUGCUUCUACAAGGUUUGCUUCCACGGUUGUAAUGUUAAAGAGAUUCAAAAAAAUAAAGACCGGGUUACAACAAAUGGUGAUCAGUCCUAAAUGGGAUGACUAUAAAGAAGACGGUGUAGAGAGAGCAUCUGCAGUGAAGAAAAAGAUAUUAGAUAAGUUGUUUCGGGAGGAGCUUGAAUAUGCUUUAUCUUUCACUUUGCCCAUCCAUAGCGUGAUUAGAGCUAUUGAUACUGAUAAACCUUCUCUUCAUCUGGUUUAUGAAUGGUACUAUAGUUCAGAGUGGCUUGUAGAAGAAGACAGUAGAAAAGCUCCACAUCAAGAUUUGGAGGUUACUAGAGAAAGAAAAAAUUGCAUCAUGAAGUAUUUUCCAAAUCAAGAUGAAAGGAGAGAGGUUAACGUUGAAUAUUCUAACUUCUCUUUAUGCAUGGAGGACUUUGGUAGUGUUGAUGUGAUUCAUGAUAGGUUUAUCUUAGAACCUUUGAGAUGGUGGGCAGUUCAUGGAUCUUCGGCACCAAAACUUCAAAUCUUAGCAUUCAAGUUACUUGGACAACCAUUUUCAUCCUCAUGCUGCGAAAGGAAUUGGAGUACAUACAAGUUCAUUCAUUCUGCUAUAAGAAACAAGAUUGUUCCCCAAAGAGCUGAAGAUUUAGUAUUUGUGCAUACUAACCUCCGUCUUCUAUCAAGAAGGAGCUCUUCUUAUAAAGAAGGUCCUAGCUGUAUGUGGGAUGUAGGAGGUGAUCAAUUUGAUUCGCUGGAUGAGAUUAAUUUGGGAAAACUUGAGUUUGAAGAUCUUUCUCUUGAUGAACCAGAAUUGGAAGUUGUUUUGUUUGGUGGAGAUGGGGAAAAUGAGAACAAUGAUGAGUUCGAUAUUUAA